AUGGACGUUGAAAAUGCGAGAAUUGUGGAUGGAUUAAUUUUUGGAUACCUUAGCAGACAACAGUACUACAACACUCUUCGUGUCUUUUGCAAUGAGGCUCCCUCUUUACGUGACAGCAAAAAUCGCCUCCACAGUGGUGGGGAUGUCUUCAUCCAAGUCAACGAUCAGUUACACGACAAAAGCCUUGAACAAAUCAUUCAUGCUUUCUCGGCGGUCGGUCGUUUCGAUGUAUCUCCAGAGCUAAUCGAUUUUGGUGUACGUCUUCGCCAUUUGACGAAUGAAUUUUCGACAAUGACUGCAAUGAGGGGACGCAGCUUGAGUGAUAAUCAAAUUAAACUCUACGGAAAGAAAGCGUACAGCAAGAUGCAUCCAUCUCGACCAUCACUUUCCAACUCGUCUCUUUGCGCCAACAACUCCGAAACUUCCGCAUGUCGUUCCACUAUGUAUUGUGUUCCUCCAAAUUCAAGUGAAGCGGAAUACGUUCGACAACUGCAUGAUAACGCUGUCAAUGCCUCCGUCGAACAUGCUGCACAGCCACAAUCCGCCAGUCAACAAGACCUUGGUUAUGAUUAUCAGGUGCAGUUACAGCAGCACGUCACCGCAUCUUAUCCACUGUCAACCUCAUCGCCGUAUAUUACUCAGACAGGUGUGCAGUGCAGCAAUACAAACAUUGUUCAGGCCCAGUCCACGCAAAACAUUCCAUGCUUCCAAAGCACCCAUCUUCUGCCUUCUGCCCAACAAUCCAAUGUUGCCGAAGAACACAUGCUCGUUGAUGUUGGUGUGAAUGUGAAGAACACGGAAAAUCUCGAAGUUUGCUGUGACGCUCCGGCAAGGUCACUAGGGAAUUCCUUGCCAAGUGGUGAGGAGAGGUUUGAUGGUUCGAGAGCACAAAUGAGUUCUUCCUUUUGCUCCGAAACAGGUGCUCACAAGCGCAAAGCAGGCGUGCCACAUCGUCGAGGAGAUCUGGUUGCUCAUACUGCGCAGUCACUUAUUGUUCCUAAUGGAGUAUUGUUGGAUCUCGAAUCGGAAGCAGCUGCAAGCACUACAUCGCAAGUCUCAUUGCUGUCUAACAUCGACGACUCUGCAAUGCAGUGCUUGGACCGUCUAAUUAAUGGGAACCUAGACGAGGUGUUCCCUUUCUGCGAUGAUCACGAUGGAUUAUCAGAAUUUGCUGCAAGCUUGGAUAACCCAUAUGCACCUAGUCAAUCUAAUGACAAUGACAUUGAACAGGAAUCUAAUGUGAUGUGCGGAGAAGCGGUUCUAACACCACUUGAUGUUCCCGCUGCUAACAGUCCGCUACCGCGGGAACCCGCCAGCAAAAACCGCUCUUUUGACGAAGGAGAGAUUAUAAGCGAUGAAAGCAAUCACGCAAAAACUCCCAAAACGUCCUGCGGAGAAAAUAUCCAAACGAGAGUGGAAGAACGCGCUCCCUCACCAACACUGACUUCCAACGACUCAAGACGAUCUUCUUUGGAUUCCGGACGAAACAGACGAGAGGAAAAAAGGAUAGCUGACCGCCUGAAGGAAUUUAAUCGAAAUCCUCCGAAGCCUGAAACCAGAAAGUCAAACGCUGAGCGGGUUGACCGUGACACUGCCGUCCAGGAGUCAAAAGGUGUUCCUAGGUCGUCUCCGACACCAUCAAGCGGAAGAACAUCGAGGGAUCGUGUAAGACGUUUCUCCGCUCUAUUCGAUGAAGGUCACAGUGCUACACCUUCGCGUGAUUCUUCGCCUCAUCAUGAGCGUUUGAGCAAAAAAGAAGAGGAGCGGAGAAGGCGAGAAAAAGAGAUGGAAAAAGAGCGACAACGUGAUAAGGAGCGCCUGAGAAAGCAACGGCGCGAUCGAGAAACGCAGAGGGAUCGAGAACGCUCACAUCGACCCAGUCCUGAACGUAAAACAUCGGAAAAACGAUCCAUUCGUGGUGAUGAUGACGGAAAAAACCGAGAAUCAAAAGAUAGAGAAAGAAAAAGGGAUCCGGGUGAAGAACGCAAGGCAGUAGAUGAAGUGGAAAGAAAGAAGUCUGAUGAAAAAUUCAGAAGGGAUAUGUUGAAGAAGAAGAAAGAAGAAGAGCUAGAGACGAAGAGACAAGCCGAACAGCAACGACGGGCCGAAGCAAUGCGGCGAAAAGAAGAGGAGAAUAAGAGACGAAGAGAGGAAAGGGAACGUCAGGAAGAAAAACGACGGGAGGAAGAAAGGCAACAGAAACUGAGGGAGGAGCGAAUUCGACGUGAGGAAGAGAAGGCUCUGAAACGUCAAGAAGAAGAGGAAACGAGGAAAGCAGAAGAAAGAGAGGAUGAUAGAUCACAAUCAAAAGAUGAAGAAGAGGAGGAGGAAGUUGCGAAAGAUGACGGUGAACAGAGCGCGGAGUACCGGGAAUCGGAAGAUGAUGCAGCAUCUGAUGAUCAGCAUACGGCGAGAAAUUAUCCCGAUGAAGAAGAGGGCGUUAAUAGGAAGACUUCUUCCACUCAAGACCAGUGGGUACAUCCGCGAAAAAUAGAGCAGAAAAGGAACAAUGACAAUUCCGCUGGCCGAAAAGUGGACGGUGAAGUGCAGCAGGAGAACGACCAGGACUCUGUUACAACCUCAGAGAAUGAGGAGAAAAGGAAGAAAAGCACUAGGGAAGAACAUCAGUCGCUCAAGAAUCCCAUCGAUAUCAGAAAGUCUCUUCCCUUACCUUGUGUACCACCACGCCGUGAUACUGUAAAAAAGGCACCUGCAAAACCACUAGAGCCAGGGAUGAUGAUGACUGAUCCUGGAGUACUGGAUAGGAUCAACAAGGAGAUGGAAAGCUUAACACCACGGAAUCGAACAAGUCAUACCCGAUCUGCUGAAGAGUCGGCAACAUCUUCUAAGAGUACAACUUCUUCCACGAGGAUUCCUAAACGAGAUGUUCCUGUCGACUAUGCACAGGUACUUUUCUCAAAUGCGCCUGUAAUUAAACGAACACCUCCCGCCGUGGAGAAAAAGAGAAAUCUUGUAAUAUCCAGUGGUCUGACAACAGAAUACUCAAACCAGCUAGUUUUUUCCAAGGCACACUCUUCCAGAUUGGGAAUGUUCUUGGAGAAGGCUAGCGAAAAACAUAGAAGGUUAAUGAUUGAACGCGACUAUGAUUCCGAUGCGAUGUCUCCCUUCUAUGAGGAUCCCGAUCGAAACGAUGCUCGAUCCCCAUUCGAAGUCCCGCACUGUCCCAGACAACAGUCGCAGAAAUUUGUCCCUCAGAAACGACCGCUUCCUGCUGCUAGCUUAGAUUCGUAUCUCGGGUCUCCAGUACAGAGUUCUCCAGACAUUGACGGGGAGUCCUCUUCGCAGCGCUCAACAAGCAAGAAACCGAAGAUCGACUUAUCUCGGAUGCCUGAUAUCAUCGAAAAAUUAUACAGAGCUCAAAUGAGGGCUGUGUUAAUCCGUAGAUUGCUGCUAUCACAAAAACAGUUAUCUCGGACAUUUUGCACACCUUCAGUGUCCGUGAGUGUGGAUGAGAGAUAUGACGCUCUUAUCAGUGAAACAUUUCCACACGAUCAAACACUGCCAGAACAUUGGGGCAUUCGAAAUCCAAAACAAAUGAUAGAACAUGAUUUUAUGGUGGUUCAUCCAAAGGUCAGGUGGGGCCAUUCCUCUCCAUCCCGUCUCAAAGAUCCGCAGCGACAGCUGGAUGAAGCUGUAACUCUAGUGAACACUUUGCCUGGAUUCCGCGUUGUAGAGUCGAUUGUAAUGGGUGUUGACUACAACACGAAACGAAAGGCAGUCUGGGGAAAAGGACAGAUUGAAACACUGGUCAUGAAGAAGACGCAAUCACGAGUUACGGCACUGAUGGUAAAUGUGGAUAUGCUAGCUCCUAAUCAGCAGCACGAACUAUUCAAUAUAUUCCACAUCCCUGUCUAUGAUCGCUACAAUAUUGUAUUGUCGAUUUUCAAGUACUACGCUCGGACCCAAGAAGCACGGUUGCAGAUUCAAUUGGCUGAAAUUCCUUAUAUCAGACAUCGGUUGCAGUAUCUGAACAAGUACCGCUGCGAAUCGUCGACUUUAAACGUGGAGCGACAGCCAGUGCGAGCUAAUGUGGACGAAUUUGAGGUGCUACGAUUACGAGAGCAAAGCCUACGCAAGAAAUUGACAGAAGUUGUCGAAAAAAGUGUUGGAAAGGUUGCCGAAGAGAAUAAGGAUGCUGCUAUGGUGGCCAUUGUGGGAUACACCAAUGCUGGAAAAACGAGUUUGGUGAAGUGCCUUACUGGCGCUUCGAGCUUAAUGCCUAAGGAUAGACUUUUCGCUACCCUCGAUACGACUCGACAUGAGGCAAGACUACCGUCAGGAAGAAAAGUGGUAUUCACCGACACUAUCGGUUUCCUCAGUGAUCUUCCUAUGCAUUUAUUAGCAGCAUUUCAAGCAACACUUUCGCAUGUAAAAUUGGCGGACGUUAUAGUUCACAUUCGUGAUCUAUCGAAUCCGGAUUGGCAAGCGCAAAGCGAAGUCGUAGAUACGGUGUUAGAAAAUAUUGGUUUAACUCGGGAUCGGAUCAAAGAUAUCGUUAUAGCUGAUAACAAGGUGGAUAUCGAUAAAGCAGCCACGUCCUCCACACCAGGAGCCAUUAGAAUCUCCUGCAAAACAUCGAAUGGUGUGAAUGAUUUGAUAGCGAAAUUGGAUGAGAUGGUUUUACGUGCAACUGGAUGCAAACUGCGACGACUUCGACUCAAAUUCUCUUCUCCAGCCAUACCAUAUUUAUAUAGGGAAGGAUUUGUGACUAAGGAACCGCAUUGUACAGAUUCUCAUUUGGUAUUCGAUGUAUUUAUGAACGACGCUGAGUUCUCGCGAUUCCAAAAAUCGACGGGUUUAUUGAAGAAGAAGAAUCGUCUGAGCAGCCAGUCAAUCCCAGCUGUUCCAAAUCUUUAUAUUAUGCCAGUUUUGUCACUUGAUCUGAAAUGUAACAUGGUAGGAGUGACAAAUUUCGCUCCAAGUGAUCCAGAAACUCAUCGAUGGUUUCUUAAGUUUCGCUGCAUGAACUGUGGCGAGGCACCUGAUCAUUGGCAGUAUGUUGUCAUUAAUGAAGUGCUGGAAGUCCCUGGUAGUCGUGGUGAGGCAAAUUUGGUUGAGAAAUGCAAGUUGUGCAACCGCGUCAACACUGCAGCCAUCGUUAGCGAUUCUGUCGGCUCUUACGACUCCGUUGAACACAACGAGGAAUGGCAAUCUAUGUUACAAAUCGAUUGCCGUGGUUUAGAACCGUUUGAGUUCGACCCAAGGAAUGGAUGGAAAGCAGUGGGUUGUGAGUCGGGUACGGUAUUCGACGACAUUGACCUUUCUGAGAAGGCGUGGGCCGAUUAUGAUGAAAAAGUUGGCGCUGCUACAGAGAUCAGUGAUAUUGAGGUUCGAUUUGUGCAUUCCAAAACCAAGAAGUGA